AUGAGAGGUUUGGCGGCUGGUGGUUACAGCCACAGGUGGAAAAGAGGCUUGACAAAUCGGUUGGCCUAUCAGCCCCUUUGUAGCCGUGGGGCUCUGAUACCUCGGAAAUUUAUCAAUCCGGCCCCGCGGCUUGCGGAAAAUGUCAACAGCCGCGUUGUGGGCAACCAACCGAACACGAGCCAGGACAAGAAGGGGUUAGUCCGCCCCGUCCAUAUUGGUAGCAUCUGUAUCCGUCAGCGGGAGCAACAGUAG